GAGAGCUGCUCUCUGGUCAACAGGACUGGAGAAAACAGCCUUUUGGGACAAGGGAUCCCCAACUGCAGCAGUGCCUUCACCAGGGUCUUUACCUCAGCCUGUGCUAUCUGUUUUAAGUUACUGAUUUUGAAGCAAUUUUCUCCGACUUGUAUAUCACUGGACUUUGCCUUGAAGAUGGGGAUACACGAUUAUAAAUUGAUUUAUUUUAUGACACUGGCUUUGCUUCUGAGUGCUUGUGCUUCAAAAGCAAAAAGAGAAAGUCAAGACACGACACCUGUCAAGGAGGAUAGCUUUAGUCAACAUGAUUCACAAGAAAGCACACUGAAAGAAGUGCUCAAUGAGGAAGAUGAAGAUAAAGCAUCCACGGACACACAAACUGCAAGUCCUUUGCCCUUCACAGAGAUGACCAAUUCCUCACUGGCUGAAAAUGGAAACAGCACUGAUGUAACUGGUGAACAGGUUCCUAAAAGCGAUCCCACAAAAAGGAGCAUCACAAAAAUCCACAAUCCUUUGUUUCCCAUCACUGACAGCUCUUACAGUGCUUAUGGGAUUCUCUUUCUGGCUUUUGUGGUGUUUGCCUUCGGCGUCGUGGGUAAUCUGGCAGUAAUGUGCAUUGUGUGGCAAAAUUACUUCAUGAGGAGCGCAUGGAACUACUUUCUUGCAAGUUUGGCUUUUUGGGAUUUUCUGGUGUUGUGCUUCUGUCUGCCUGUGGUGGUUUUUAAUGAACUCACCAAUAAGAGGCUGCUGGGAGAUUUCUCCUGCAGAGUUGUGCCUUACAUAGAGGUAACCUCUCUCGGCGUGACAACGUUCAGUCUGUGUGCUUUGGGCAUUGACCGCUUCCACGCUGCCACAAGCUCCAUGCCAAAGGCCCGACGAUUUGAGCGCUGUCAGAAGGUCCUGGCCAAGCUGGCGGUGGUUUGGAUUGGCUCCAUGGUGCUGGCAGCUCCCGAGCUGCUCCUGUGGCAGCUGCAUCAGGUGACACCAUCUGGUCUGGGUGACCAAGUGGACACCUGCAUCAUGAGUCCAAAUGCAGAUCUCCCCGAAUCCAUCUAUUCUCUCGUUAUCAACUACCAUGAUGCACGCAUGUGGUGGUACUUCGGCUGUUACUUCUGUCUACCUGUUGUCUUCACCCUGCUCUGUCAGCUGGCCACCUGCCAUGUAUCUGGCGGGAGCGGAAGUUCUCCCAAGCGGCCCGAGGAGCGGUCUCCAUCCAAAAAACAAAAGCUUCAGCACGCUCAGCAAAUCGAACGGCAGCUCAACUGCACGGUCAUGGCUCUAGCCGUGGUCUAUGGUGUCUGCACGCUGCCGGAGAACGUUUGCAACCUGACUUUGGCGUAUGCUCCUAUCCAGGUGUCUGAGGAGGUGACUUCUCUUCUGGCCCUCAUAAACCAGUUCUUUCUGUUCUUUAAGUCAUCUGUGACACCAGUGCUGCUGCUUUGCCUGUGCAAAUCUCUAGGCCAGGCCUUCAUGGACUGUUGCUGCUGCUGCUGUGAAGAAUGCCAACCGAGCAACUCUUCAUCUACCCAAAAUGUCGCUGAAGGCAAGCUCAAGACCACCAAUGAUGUGUCCUCCAUUUUUUUUGACAAAGCCAAGGACAGUUCAACCAUCUUGUCCAUUGGCAGCUGAGUAGGCGGAUCCCGUCCCCCAGUGAUGACAUCAUGAGAUGAUAUGGAACCCAUGACCUACACUCCCAUGAACCACGAGUGGCCAUAAUUACAUUAGCAGUUCUUACAGUUACGUUGAAGGGCGUAAGCAUUGUUCAACAAAUCUGAGGCCAAUUUGGAAUUUUGGUUUUGGUUCAAACUUAGUGGGAAAAUAACAUGUUAAGUUAAGAUCUAAAGAUCUAAGUUUGGCAUAAAUCUAAAGAUUCAUCCCAUAAUAUCUCAGGAUGGCUCAAUGUACCUAUAAAGUCUUAAAAGGAUAAUACAAGUCACUGUAAUUUGGACUUCAAAUGUCCCACAUUCAUAGUUCUACAUUUCUGUACAGACAGUUAUGAACUUUACACAUAGCUCAGAAUGUAUAAAUAUUUAGCUAUACACUCUGUGAGAUCAGAAAUGUAGUGAAUACUACCAGAUCACAAGUAACACAUCGUCUUGUUCAUAUAAUAGGAAGACUUGCGAAACAAAAAUGUAAGGAGUGUUUGUCUGUUACUCAGGCAAAUGUUAUUUAUCACUAAUUUGAAUUAAUAACCACUGAACAUUUGUCUACUGUACACCACUGAUGGUCAAUUUCUGUAUAUAAACCCGCAGCUGUAUUAGAAUGUAAAUAGAUCAUUUUUGAAAUCAAACUCCCUGAGCAAACUAGCUUUCCGUGCCCUUUCAUGUAGUACGGUAGGACAAAAAGACAGAAUCUCAAUGGUGUACCUCCUCAAGGGACUAUUGGAACUUUUGCACAUAGCUGCUUUCAUAAGCAAAUUAUUUUUAAAGUCCAUAAACAGUUGAUAAAACUCUAUACAAUAAAUGCCUUUUAAAUAA